CGCCUGCGUAUCUGCUUCUAAAAGGCUUCGGCGAUCGUGUCCCGGUAACCGUGUUAGCAAAGCAGCUCCAGCCAUGUCCCUGCACGGGAAAAGGAAGGAGAUUUAUAAGUACGAGGCGCCAUGGACCGUCUAUGCUAUGAACUGGAGUGUGAGGCCGGACAAGAGGUUCCGCUUGGCGUUGGGGAGCUUUGUUGAGGAAUAUAACAAUAAGGUACAGCUAGUAGGACUGGAUGAAGAGAGCUCUGAAUUCAUUUGCCGAAACACAUUUGAUCACCCGUAUCCUACAACAAAGCUUAUGUGGAUCCCCGACACUAAAGGAGUAUAUCCAGAUCUGUUAGCCACCAGCGGGGAUUACCUCCGUGUCUGGAGGGUUGGAGAGACGGAGACCCGUCUGGAGUGUUUGCUAAACAACAACAAGAACUCUGAUUUCUGUGCCCCCCUCACCUCAUUUGAUUGGAAUGAAGUAGACCCCAACCUGCUGGGAACCUCAAGUAUUGAUACAACAUGCACAAUCUGGGGUUUGGAGACUGGACAGGUCCUUGGCAGGGUUAAUCUGGUGUCUGGACAUGUGAAAACGCAGCUCAUUGCCCAUGACAAAGAGGUCUAUGACAUUGCAUUCAGCCGUGCAGGAGGGGGCAGAGACAUGUUUGCCUCUGUGGGGGCAGAUGGCUCUGUGCGAAUGUUUGACUUGCGCCACCUGGAGCACAGUACAAUCAUCUAUGAAGACCCCCAACAUCAUCCAUUACUUCGACUGUGUUGGAACAAGCAGGAUCCGAACUAUCUGGCAACCAUGGCCAUGGAUGGAAUGGAGGUGGUAAUCUUGGAUGUACGAGUACCCUGUACCCCAGUAGCCAGACUUAACAACCACCGUGCUUGUGUCAAUGGCAUUGCAUGGGCACCCCAUUCAUCUUGCCACAUCUGUACUGCAGCGGAUGAUCACCAGGCCCUAAUCUGGGAUAUUCAGCAGAUGCCAAGAGCGAUUGAGGAUCCCAUAUUGGCAUACACAGCAGAGGGAGAAAUCAACAAUGUGCAGUGGGCAAGCACCCAGCCUGACUGGAUUGCCAUUUGUUACAACAACUGCCUGGAGAUCCUGCGAGUGUAACUGUAUUUAUUCCCUACCCUUCUAGCCCACUCUUCCUACCCCUUUCCUACAGGAUCUUCUGCUCCUCAAGGCCUCCGGUUUUUAUACAUCUGAACUUAUUGGCUCACCUUCCUGUCUGUGAUGUAAGCCAGAAGAUCCUCAUUAUCCUCCAGUACCUUAUUGGCUGUAACUACUAAACAUUAUUGUCCAUCCAGAUAAACAGAGUCCUCUGCCUGUUUUUACAGUAUGUGAUUCAACUCUUUUACAUGAAGGAAUUAGUGCUGCUUAGUAAAUCGGGCCCUGGUUUAUAAUUGACAACCCAAGAAAAGGGGUUCCCUUCCUUAGUCAGUUCCCUGUACUUUGCCCCGAGUGUAUUUCAGUUGUUGGGGGAUGGGAGGGGGGCCGGGUUGUGGGUGGGAUGGUAACUAUUGUACUGUAAUAUUACCUGUGUAUACUAUCCUCAUAUAUGUGUGUAUUUGUAGUGCUGACAUGCUGUUUCUAUAUAUUGUCUGAUAUUAAAGGAGUAUCAGGUUCCCUA